AACAAAACCCGGGACUCAGGGCUCCCAAUCUUUUAGUGCGAGCUUUGACAUGAAGAUCGCAGCAGCUGUUAUUACCCUGAUUUCUUGGAUUAUCAGUGGAAAUGGCGAGGCACCCAUACAUGUUUCCUUUCUGGAACCCAAUUGCGGAGUUUCGAUUUCGGGCUCUAGAACUGCAAGAAGCUAUAGCAGUAAUAUAAUCCAUGGUCGCCCGGCAGAUAUGUUUGGUAAUCCAUGGAUGGCAUUGAUAAAUAGUCAGAGAACUAUGUGUGGUGGAUCGCUUAUAACAAACCGAUUUGUGCUUAGUGCUGCCCAUUGCCGAAGUAAUACUCCCACUGUAGUAUACCUAGGGGAGUUCGACAGAUCAACCAUCACUGAUUGUACCACCACAACCUGCAUGCCAAACGUCAUUGGAAUACCCGUCGAUGCUCAGAUAACUCACCCAAGAUAUGUUCAUCACUCCCAGAAUGAUAUAGCUCUCUUUCGACUGUCCAGGCAGGUGGAGUAUACAGCCUUCAUAAAGCCAAUUUGUCUGCUGACCAACUACAAUCCCUUGGAUCACAUCAGAUCCUUGACUGCCACGGGAUGGGGCACUACAGAAACCGGAGCCACUAGCAGCAUUUUAAGGACAGCCAUCUUGACGCAAGUGGAUCGAUCGUAUUGCUCAGCCAUAUAUGGUAACAUAGUGGAUCGAUCCCAUAUCUGCGCCGGCGACUAUAACUCGCAUACAUGCAUGGGUGACUCUGGGGGUCCAAUUUCCGCUAUGAUACCAAUUGGCGGUUCAAACCGUGUCGUUCAGCUUGGAAUUGUCAGCUAUGGCGACGUCGAGUGCAGACAACUGGGGGUUUAUACGAAUGUCAACCAUCAUAUUAACUGGAUAGCGGAAGUUGUACGACAAGCUCCGAACGUAGAGCGUUCUUUUAUCAACCCAGGACAACCUCAGCCAACUCAACGUCCAUUUAUUAACCAAGGACCAAAUUACUAUUAUUUUCCUUGGGUUUACAUUGGAUGA